UACAAAGAAAAUCUCUAUUAUCUAAAGAAAUAAUUUAUAUCAGUUAAGGAAUACAUAUGACGAAUUCUAAUAACAAAAGUUAUUACUCUGAUGCACUUGAGUGAACCUAGUUUUGAGUCAUCAUGAAAUAGUGAUUCUUAACAGAUAUUUAAUUCAAAUGACACAAUCAAAAUUUGACAUUUAUAUUUUGUUUGAGAAUUUUGAAUUUGUGGCUACUGAACAUCUCUUAUUUUUGAAGAUAUUUGAAAAUAUUUCUUUAGAUAAUAGAGAUUUUCUUUGUAUUUAUUAUAUUAAAAUUCUUUUCUAGUUUGAUAGCACCGGGUGUACUCAUAGGUGGUUUAACAUUUGCAUUGUCAUAUCCAGUUAUUACUUUCAUUUUACCAUCUCUUUGUGCAGUUGCUGUUGUACUUUAUGAAAAACAUCUCAUUAAUCCAGAACUUAUCAUCUUUUCAGAAGAAUUUGCACGAUCAGCUGCAUCAGCCAAAAGAUUAAAUCGACUCUUCAAACGUAAACCAAUGAUUGACAAUAGCUCAACAAAGGGCAAUAUAAUAGAUAAUUUUUCUGGAUCAAUCAAGUUUGAGAAAAUUGUUUUCUCAUAUCCAACACGCAAGUUGAUAACUGUACUCAAUGAAUUUGAUUUAGAAAUAAAAUCUGGUCAAAGUAUUGCAUUUGUUGGUCCAAGUGGAUGUGGUAAAUCUACAUUAAUUCAGUUACUCGAACGAUUUUAUGAUUGCAAUCAAGGUCGUAUACUACUUGAUGGUCAUAACAUAGAAAGUUUGAAUUUGUCUUGGUUACGGUCACAAAUUGGCCUCGUCAAUCAAGAAUCAGUUCUUGUAUGUGAUCUUACUGUUGCAGAAAAUAUUGUCUAUGAAAAAGCGUCAAAUGAAAUUAUUUAUGAAGAUAUUAUUCGUGCUGCAGAACGAGCACAUUGUCAUGAUUUCAUCAAGAAUUUACCUCAAGGUUAUAAUACACCUGUUGGUCAUAAUGGUACUUUCCAUUUAUCUGGUGGUCAAAAGCAACGUAUCGCUAUUGCUCGAGCUCUCUUUCACAAUCCUAGAAUUUUGUUACUCGAUGAAAUUACCAGUGCACUCGAUGCGGACAAUGAACAGCUUAUACAAGAAUCAUUGAGUCUCAUUCGGCAAGAAAAUCCUUCGCAAACUGUUAUCUUUGUUGCUCAUCGUCUUUCAACCAUUCAAUCAUGCGACUUAAUUUGUCUUUUCGAUACAUAUGGACGUUUGAUUGAAACUGGUACUCAUGUGGAAUUGAUGGAACUUCAUAAUGCUUAUUAUAAACUUUUUCUUGAUUAUCUUGAAGGAAGAAAUAAUUCAUAG